UCUUGAUUCAUCAGAGCAAAGAGGAUUCGUGGUUGCAAGCGAAAAUGUCUUUUCGAGAUGUCCGGUCGGACAAGAAAAUUCAAAUUUCUUUUCAAAAAUAAAGUCGGUCGAGCACUAACAUCGUUAUUUCCGCCCCUUGCUUGGUGCAAAGUUUCUAAGUACUUCGAUUUGUAAUUGUAAACCGUUCGCCUGAAGAAUUUUGUUAGUUUUAUUUCUCAAUAAGGUCGUGCCGCGGCAUUCGUUAAGGUUGAAGCUGUUGCAGGUCGGUGACUCACCUCCUAUAAUCCUAGUUUCGUCUAUCCUUUACUGGCCCUGCUCGUGAAAUUGGUUCCGUUGGCCCUCUUUCGUUGUCGUAUCUCGUUUCGGUCUAUAAUUUGCUUGUUCCCGCAGCAAAACUGGCAUCGCGCAUGGAAUAAAUGUCGGUCACUCCUUGUUGAUCUCCUGGCUCCGUUAUUUUCGUGAAAUUUUCGCCGUUCGUGAAGUUGUGUUUGCCAAUGUUUUUCUCGUCGUUUCCGUCAGUUUCAACACCAAGGUCGUUCGUUUCGUGGUCUGGAAAGACUUAUCUACAGUAGAUGAGUCUUGAACGUAAAUCAGUAUCCACACCUCUUCCAGCGCCAAAAGCAAACUCCGAUUACACGACCACCCCCCGAAGUUCUUCAUCGCACCCAUUUCCACAAACCCUUUUUUUUCCAAAAUAGGAGUCAAGCGAUAUUUAUAGCAAAAGCAAUUCGCUUGGUGUAAGUAAGUACAAGGACGACCCGUGGUGGAAAGGAAAUGCAUAUGCAGUUAAUACUGCAGCACCACAACAUUGUUUCAGCCUCUGAGAAUUACCCCGUUGAAGAAAAGUAAUUACAAGGAGAAUCCACCUCGGAGAAGCACCGUCAACGACACGAAAAAAACCAACAAAAAUGGCCUGCAAUUGCAACUGCGGCUGGGUCCACUUUGCGAUGUUCUGGUCGGCGUGUUUCAUGCUACAGCGCUUUAUCCUAAUGGCGAUGGACACCAGCGACCAGGCGAAGUCUAUGCGCGGCGAGGUGCUCACAGUGAGGAUCAUCGCCAUGCUCUGCAUGGCCGUGGUGGUCGUGCUGCAGAUGCUCACGGUGUUCUGUAACAAAAACGGGAAGUGGGGCCUCUACACGUGCAUCGCCUGCCUCUAUCAGAAAGAAAAAUCCCCCCUCGUCCCCGUAUCGAUGACGCAAAAAUUUGUGAUGCUAUAUUCGAGUACACAAACCGAUUUUUCAUGCUAGGAGGGCAAGAGCCGAAGCUGUGGCCUCCUUUGCAGGCAUAUAUUGUCAUGCUGUUUCCCACUUCUAGCUGCCUCCUGUCAUGCUGAAGACGCAAUUGUUUACUCCCACGCCAACCAGCACUACAGUGUCUACAUCUUUUCCCUUCUAGCAUGAUAAAGCUGAUUUGUGGCCACAAAUCUGCAUCACAGAUUUCCGCUUUGAUGAUAUGGGGAGGGGGGAUUUUUCUUCUUGAUAGCCUCGCCGGAGUGUUCAUACUGGAUGGUUUGAUUGCUCGGACAGUUGACAGCGGUUUGGGCGUAUCGCAAGAAAAAACCGUUUCAAUGUGAACUUGUGAUGCAUAGAAUGGAAGACAGAACUAUUUGUCUUGCCACACCUGCAAGACCUCGACUCUUUAGCGGUGUUUUCCCUUUGGAAGCGCGCAUGGCAAAUUUUCUGUGUCAUGUGUAACACACUUGUGAUGCAGAUCUUGCAAGAUCAUCACAGUGAAACAGUUUUUUCGUGGGAUAAGGCGAUUACGUUGUCGGACCGCACCAGGACUUGACAAAUGUGAAGACCUACUUCUUCGUUCUCACGUACUGGCCCGGAAACCUGCUGGUGACCUUGUUAUGUACUGCAAAUUUCGCUUGGGUCUGGAUCUGGAAAUACAAGUAUAUGCUCUACUUCGUCACUCACAAAAAAAAUAUAAUUUGUGAUGCGUGAGUUGGUACAACUACAAGUACAAAGGCUGGUUAUGUUGGGGCACCUUUAGUAGACAUCACGUUCACGAGGAUUUCUCAUCCCAAAUAAGCAUGGCAAAGCCCAUGAUCCCGCAAAACCUGUGAAGAUGCUGGGCUAUGGCUUCUAAGUAAAACCCGCAUGACAAACUUCUGCACGACUGUUCAAGCCUGCUGACCCAGAGAUGUUCUUUGCAGUGGAUACGUGUUAGCCCUGUACUACGACGGUGGCGAUUUGAAACCGCGAACGAACGCCGACUGGCCUUGGGAAGGGGUUUAGAUGAAGGACAAGGAUUUUCAAAUGUCUAUAUGAUUUUUUUCGGCGACACUCACACUACCCACCAGUGAAAUGUAGAACUAUCGAAAAGAAAGAAGAUGUUUGCUAUUGCUCCCCGCAAAAUGAAGAUCGCACAUGUACAAUACCACAACGAACUAUGUAUAGCGUGAUCAACGCGACGCGCUACUAUACCGUCACAAGUUCUGAGCUCGUUGCGCGACGAAUUUGAAAUUUCAAACGUACAGCGAGCGCAAAUACAGAUACCACCCCAACAUCCGCACAGAGACAGAAUUUUAUGUACGGAAUAUAAAAGACAGAAUUUUAACACCAACGCGCCAAACUCGGAAUACCAAUCCACUUCUUCUCUUGCCAGCAGUACAAGUGUGGCGAUACGACCACUUCCGCCCUCUUCUUUUUGUUGUGACGCUUCCAGUCGUCCAGCGCCCGUCUGGGUUUCGGUUUUACUUGUAAGUGCAUCUUCAAAAUCGGUUUUACUUGUAAGUAAGUGCUCAUCCUACGUACCUCGCGCUGCAAGAAAUAAUCGUGCGACCUAUUUUCACAACAGCACAC